GAAGGCCGGGCCGGCGGUGCCGCUGCCGCCGCCAUGGGCGCGGAGCAGAGCGCGGAGGCCGAGAGCCGGGCGGGCGAGCCCAGCGCCUCAGCAUCCCCAUCACCAUCCAAGCAUCGAGCAAAAAUGGAUGACAUUGUGGUGGUGGCCCCAGGAACGCAGUCCUCUCGAAAUGUCAGCAAUGAUCCAGAUGUCAUAAAGCUGCAGGAAAUUCCGACUUUCCAGCCCCUUUUGAAAGGACUCCUCAGUGGGCAGACGUCUCCAACCAACACCAAACUGGAAAAGCUGGACCCCCAGCAAGUGCUGCAGCUGUGUCUCCGGUACCAAGACCAUCUUCACCAGUGUGCAGAAGCAGUUGCCUUUGAUCAGAAUGCUCUCGUGAAGCGGAUCAAGGAGAUGGACCUCUCAGUGGAAACUCUUUACAGCUUCAUGCAGGAGCGCCAGAAGAAGUAUGCCAAGUAUGCAGAGCAGAUCCAGAAGGUCAACGAGAUGUCUGCCAUCCUCCGCCGCAUCCAGAUGGGCAUCGACCAGACGGUCCCGCUGAUGGAGCGGCUGAACAACAUGCUGCCCGAGGGCGAGAGGCUGGAGCCCUUCAGCAUGAAACCCGACCGGGAGCUGAAGUCGUAGCUGAUCCAGCAGGCUCCCCCUUCUUCUCACCUUCCAGGCUCCAGCACUUCCAGCGGGAUGGGCUGGCAGAUGUUUGAAGCAGACAGCAGCGCUGCCUGACUCUCUGCCAGGGCAUUGGAGGAAGAGCAGUGUCAGCUGCCAGGACUGCACAGCCAGGAAUCCAGGGGCUCCCUGGUCCCGUCGUCUGCAAAGGAUGAUUUACCCUUCUUUCAUCUCCCUCCUCUUGCCCUCCUGUGUCCUCUGCCACUGCCUGUGCCGAGGCAUUUGUUCUGUUGCUGUGACUAGAUGGGGGUUUACAAAGGAGGAGUUUUCUGUCAUCUGAUUUAUUUAUUUUUUUUACUAGAAAAAUUCAAAGGGAUACAGGGUGUGACUAGCCCUCUGACGUGGUUUUUGUGCCAUUUGGAUUUAGAUGAUCGUAUGCCUGACAGGUAUUUCUGAGAUCCCCUGGCCUUGGAAAUAAUGCGUGUGUUUUAUAGGUGAAAAGUGUGGGAGCCAGGAACUGGCUUAUUAAAAUCUGCUUAUUAUCAUAAUUAACAUGGUUUGCAUGGCAGGGUUUUGGCAUGUCCUCCUUGAGGCUUCUGUUUUUAUGGGCUCACUAAUUUAUGAGGCUGUAAAGGAAUAACUAUUCCAGAUAUGUAUGUCUGUUAAUGUUAAGCAAGUCUUAGCAUUCCUCUCCCCCUUGCCCUGGCAAUGUCCCCAUGCUCCAGCUGGUGGCGUUUGGUGUCCCUCACCUUGUACAGUGAUUCUGACAGGCUCUGGCACAGACCUGCUCACUUUGCAUCCCAAAGUUGGACACACGGUGUCUUAUUUUUAUUGUGACACUCCAGUUACCUUGGUGCUGUCUAUUCCUACCAGAUGGAUGGAGUUGUUUCUUUACCUUCAAACAUAUGGAGUUGGAGGGGGGAAGUAUGAGAAGUCCUUUAGGUCUUCUCCUUGGCUGAGCUGCCAUCAUGCUAAGAGCUUGCCUGAGCGUGGUGUUUUACGACUGAAACUACUCAGCCCUUUGAGACCACGCUCAGUGAACUGUUCCAAAGGCAACCAGAUGUUCUUGCCUUCUCCCAGGCAGAGGGCCCUGCUUGAAGGCAGUUAGGGUGUCCAUACUGGUUAGGUGCUGUGCUGCCCCAUGGGAGAUGGGUCGAUUGCCAAGUCUGACACUGGUCUGCUGGCUGCAGAUUAUUUGCAGCACCUCUCCGAGCUUUGGUUUCUCCCUGUGUAAAAAAGGAGGAUAUUCUACAUUGCUGCUGCAAAAAUAUGUAAGAAUCUAGAAGUAAGGUUUAACAGCCUGCAUCACCAUUGUGUGGCAGCUCUUGUCUGCAGCAGAAAGGGCGUGGUCCCAGGAUGCUGUUGCUGGCAGGGAGGCUGAAGUGUGCCCAGGUACCCCAAGGGCUGUUGUACACCAGGAGUGCAGUUCCAGUGGUGAGGACAGGUGUCUUUGGGAGAGUCAGUUAACCCAUCUUCCAGUACAGGACAAGGCUAAAGGCAACUUCAAUACCUCUUAGUACUUGAUCAGCAAAAUAUGGUCUCUAAGCGUUAGGGAGUGAAAACCUGGUAGAUUUUUGAUGGUAUCGAUUUCUGCCUGGUGGCAGGAAGCAACAGGCCGUUCUCUUGCUGCACUCCCAAAGGCCAUGUGGCCUAGAGUCAGUUUUGUGAUGCAAACUGCAGCUAACUUAGAUGUGUGUCUGAACCAUAGUGGUGAUUGGUCCACUGAAAUCAGGGUCCCAUAGAAAUUAAGCCCCUGGAAUGGUGUCCUGGGAAGAGCAAUUGACUGCUUGAGAGACAGCAAGGAACUCGGCAGAUUUUCUAGUAGCAGCAGCAGGGUGGGCCUGGUUGUCUGCUGUUUCCACCCCAGAGCUGCUAAGUGGUUCUAUAUACGUAGGUGUGUGCUAUGUGGGAUGUAACAUCAGGCUGCCAUCCUUGCAGUAUUUUACACUUGGUUUGUUAAAAGCUACAUGAGACUCAACAAGCCAUGAAAAGCCACUUCCCAUAGCCAUGCCUGUGAGGAUCCUCGUUGUCCAUCACUGGAUACGUCUCUGCCUCCCACCAUCAGACACACCAGAAUAUCCAGCAGCUUUAAAUAGCAGUGGCAGGAGUUUUUGCCCUCCUCAUCCAGAUGAUGCUGUCUGGAAGUUUAGAAUGUGCGACAUUCAGCCAUCUGCCAGACAGGAUCAUGGAUAUCCCACGCCCUGGCAUGCUGGAAGCCUAUACUGGUGUGAAGAUCCUGACGCUGGAUCUUGAGGCAGGGGCUAGGCUGCAGAUGCUCUCUCCUGUAAAGCUUCUAGACAUUUGGCCUCAUGCUAUCAAGUGUCAGAUCAAAGCAUUGCUCCUUGUGGUGCUAAUGAAGGCAAGUGAAUAGUAUUCCUAUCUGAAAGCUGCAGGAGCCAGGGCUGAAAGUCAGUUCCUUCCUUAUUUGCUGUAAAACAUCUAGGCAUUGGGCUGAUAAUGGGAGAAAAUGCUUGUUCCUAGGAAUGCUGGCCUUUAAGCUUGUGGAUGUGCUGCUGGGUCGCCCAGCUAGAGCUUUGUGAGCAGCACGGGUAAAUUGUGAAAAAGGUUAACUAGAAGGAAAUCGGAGCUGAAAUGUGAAGACCAACCUCCUCCAAUGCACACAAGUCAUCACCUUCUUUGCACGGGUGAUAGUCUCCUGUAUGGGUACUGUAAGAUAGUGUGCACCCUCUAACUGGUGGUUCUCAAAUGAUGGUUUACAGUUUUAUUUAAACUGUCAUUGUCUGUAAUUAAACUGUAAUUGUCAUUGGCUUCAUUAACUGUAAGUCUUUGGACCUCUCACUGAGGGGAAGACAUUUCCUGCCACAUCUUGAGCUACAGUUUGUUGCUUCGCUGCUCGUAAUUCACUUUUCUCUGUACUCUGCUUCAUCUCAGAUGCAGGUCGUACUCAAGGUGAGACUGUUGCUUUGCUCCCUCUCCCACUGUUUGGCAGAAUAUUUUAGAUGUGACUGGAAUUACCUUUCUGCUCACAAAUUUCCUUUUCCAAGUCAAAUGCUAUUGGAGAAGGCCUCAGGUAUCUCUCACAAGGGUACUAGCUGUUAUUUCUACCACAAAGUUAGUGCUACGAGCAGAGAAUAAUUUGGCAUCCUCCACUGAAAACAAACAUUUCUGUCCUUUCUGCUUUCAGAGGUGGUGUGUGGUCUGGAGUGCAGGCUGAGCUUCUUGCUAAGUGGUUUUCUGAAAAGCUGGAGAACAGGUUGGCCCUCUGGGUCUGUAGCUCCCUGCUGGCCUGAGGUGCUCUGGGUUUUCUCCUGACUCUGCUGUUGUGACCCCUGGUUUGUGCUGCUGCUGCUGCUUGUUCCAGCCUACACUGGUCAGUGUGCUACAUGUGCAGAAGAGGUUUGCUUUGUUUUUCUGUUGUUUGUUGUUUUUUUUUUAAUUUAAUGCAUUGACAGGGUGCUAAAGUGCCAACCUACCUGCAGGGCAAUUUCUGUGAAGAUCCAGUGAAUGGGAUGGAAAAUAGUUGUGUUGUUUUUUUUAAAAAAAUAUGUAUUUUGAAUUAAAUAUAUUUAAAUAUAUUUAAAUAUUUAAAAUGCAUUUUGCCCUCCUUUAAGCUUUUACACAGUGUUAGAAAUAGAUGUUUUUUCAAGCUCACUCAUGGCAUGAGCCAGCAUCCCCUCUGUCAGACUGUGUGCCCAGGGUUUCCCAAGCUAUUACUGUAACAUCCCUCCUGUUCCCAAGCUGCCCGUGUGUAUUUUGGUUACCAGCCUUAUGGCUGAGCACUCCUUGGUUUAUAGGUUGUUAUCCUGUUUGCAGACUUCAUGUCCUUUCAGCUGCCUAAGUGCUACAUGUCCCACAGCUCCAGCAUUAAAACAUUUGGUAUCCCUCUUU